AUGUCAAAUGGUGGAACUGGGGAGAAUCUGAAUGAUCUGAACUUUGGAGACCUCGGCACGGGAUUCGGCUCCGGCCCUUCCUAUGGCACGAUGCUGUCCCACCAGUUUCAACAAUCGGUGGGCGGAGGACUCAACUACAGCGCCGAAACGGAUGCUGAACUAGGGCUCCAUGAGGAGUACACGGUGGAAUUCACAACCAGUGGUUCCCGCGAGGCACAGUUCAUGAUCAUGCCGAGGACUAUUCGGAUGCCGGCUGUACAUAAAGCAAGUCUAACAGCACCGCAAACGUUCUCGCUCGCUGAUGAAUAUUCCGCCGCUAAAUCGGCUGUGGCAAGCCAAGGAGAAGAGCCAACCGAGUUUGAAUGGAUAGCCAAGAAGCUGGGGAUGGAUUUUGACCUGCUGAAAGCGCUCUACUUCCGCUUCGUGCUCGAGUCUCUAUGCGCCGCAUACUAUGUGAACGCGGCCGUCUACGCCCACUUCUCCGCCCUCGCGGCUUCGAAAUCGGCCAAAGGCGAUGAGCAAUUCUUGUCAAAACACCCCGAUUCCAGCGGAGCCUACACCACCAACACAUUAAUGAAACCUUCAACCCUCCAAGCCACCAUCAUCGAAGAACCAGCAUUCUUCGCUGCCAUAAUGAUCCCGAGGACGUUGCUGAUCUGCGCUGUGCUCGGAGCCGCGUUGUGCAUGCCGUCGUACGACGAGAAGUCGCACAAGGCCGAGUACGAGGCGAAGAAGUACUCUUCCGAGGGAGCACAUCACGAUGGGCAAGAGUACGGCUUCGAGAAGGCCGGCAAGGAGGGCGAGCAUGGAAAAUACGACAAGUACGACCAGGCCCACCACCACGCCUCCAAGGCCGAGGAGGGCGAGAAGAAGAAGCACGAGGAGCACGUGGCUGACAAGCACGGCGGCAAGACGCACGCCAAGGAGGACUCGCACUUUGGAAAGGACGUCAAGACCAAGUCCACCGGCUACUUCGAGUACAAAUUCGUGCAGCCCCAGUACCACAUGGAGCAGUUCCACCAGGACGAGAAGCACGGCAAGAAGUACGGAGCCGACUCGCACGACUACGGCAAGGAACACUACGGAGAUGGAAAGUACGACAACAAGGGAUACAGCAAGUAUGGUAAGUACUACGCUCAGGACGGUGGUGAUCACUCCGACUACGCCAAGGAGAACCACGGACAUGAUGGACACUACAGCCAGUACGACAAGGGACAGAAAUCCGACAACGCCGGCUACUACAACCAAGGACACGCCGCUCACGGAUCCGAGUACGACCACCACAAGGAACAGCCCCAGUACUACGAGCCCCACUACAGCCACUACGAGCCCCAGCACUACGGCGGAGGACACUACGAGCCCCAGUACGGUGGCCACGAUGACCAUCAUCAGGAGCACUACGAGCCCCAUUACUACUCGCCCUACGAGUAUGGACACCAU